CACAUUUACCUGUGGUACGCACGCACGUAGGCCCGCCCGCUUGCUCGCGGCCUGCCUACGUGGGUCACGCACACGUGCGAGAGCGAGAGCACGGGCAAGGAGACACCUAGACUCACCUUACCCGCUUCGUACUCGUCAGUUGGAACCACGCGGCUCCGCACGGUGUACACGACCGUACGUCAAGGACGAGGUAGUCCUCGACGUACUGCCGGCGCGAAUCAAGAAAGAGAAAGAGAGAGAGAGAGAGAGAGAGAGAGAGAGAGAGAGAGAGAGGAGUCCUGACGCGCGCGAUUACGAGAGAGCCGCACUCCCAGUUCGACCAUCUCGUCGUAACCGGCCAGCACGCGCAAAAGGGUGCGAAAACGUUCCGCGACGAUAAUAAACUAACAUCAACAACGCAACGGCACAGUUGAGGGUGAUGGUGCACAGUGGUGCCCCGUGAAUGCGAGAUACCGUCCAAAAUAUAGUGACAUUGCACUACGAGAUCGUCCCACCGGUUGGUAUCCGAUAUUUCAGUGUCAAAGAAUUCGAAGAAACUUUCGCGAGACGUGAAUCGCGGCAACACAAUCGGUUGGCACGAGAUCGAUGGUGGAUUAUCAGCCGGUCGUCGCCGGACCGGAGAUAUGUUCGUGACUUCAACGUGUGAACUUUGACAGUUCGUCGUGAGAGGAUCCACGAGGCUGCCAGGCAGACACGUUGCUAGCAAAGGAUGGAGGCUAGCGAGUGGGAUCACGCGACCUUGAGAGAGGAAGAAUUCGAGCAGCAUGCCGUAUAUUUGGUACCGGAUGUGUCGGCAUCACCGGGCGAUACCAAUCGUGCCGAGUCGUCCUUGCCACGGAACCUGGUCCUCAAACCCUCUCAGGCUCUCAACGAUGUGUUGGGUGUAUGGAGCACCAGUUACAUCCCCAAAGGGACACGUUUCGGCCCCUUGGUUGGUCAGGUGUAUACGAAGGAUUCGGUACCGGCAGACGCGAACCGGAAGUACUUCUGGCGGGUAUACAAGAACAAUGAACUGUUCUAUUACAUCGACGGUUAUGACGUCCAGAAAUCGAAUUGGAUGCGUUACGUGAAUCCCGCCUACUCGUCCGAAUCGCAGAACCUAAUAGCAUGCCAGUAUAAGAUGAACAUUUAUUUUUACACGAUCAAGCCAAUAUUACCGCAUCAAGAGUUGCUGGUUUGGUACUGCAGGGAAUUCGCGGAAAGGCUCAAUUAUCCGCUCACCGGUGAGCUGAUGCUUCAGAGAAUACGACAACAAGUACAACAAUCAACGCUACCAACAGAAAUUUCGCCCGCCGUCGACGUGAUAUCGCCUCUGAAAGAUCCGUCAAUCUACGAGAGGCGUCAGAUGACACCAACGGAUGGUUCCGUGAGGUCAGACGAGGGUUACCAUUCAAAUGGCUAUCACGAUGAGAUUUUGACACCACCAGAGGAAAGCAGUGAGUCCGAUAGUGAAAACAACUACGUGUUGGAUUUCAGUAAAAAUGCCAAAUCGUCAGUGUGCAACGAUGAGAUUCUGAAGCAGGACAACACCGCGGCGAAGAACGAAUAUAGGAAAGUUAAGAUUAAAAUUUCCAAGACCUACGGUAACUUCCAGGCGACAAAGGGCAUAGCUGACGGCCCGACGAAGGAUAAGGAGCAGGAGUUGUCCAGUCGAGCGGUCACUCCGGAACUCCAAAAGCCGGUAUCACCCGUCAUUCUACAGAAAAGCACGAUUCUAUCGACCGUGACUGAGGAUGAGAUAUCUGAGAAGAACAUGAAACCUUUCUACGAGCCGGAAGUCAAAGGUGGUAAUCUACCGAUGUCCGGCAGAUCCGCCUACAUAGCUAACCCUAGCAGUUCUAUUCUGGAGAACAUUCUACUACGUAACAGUACAGACAACAACAACAACAGCCACAACCAUCAUCACAAUGGCGGCUCGCAACAACACCAUCAGCAUCAUCAGCUGCAUCAUCAGACUCACGUAGACUCAGUGACGCCGCCACCCUCCAGUCCCACCGAGAUGGCAUAUUCCUACAAGAAGUCUCAUCGUUACGGAAACAUUUUGCCCUGCAGCCCGGACUCUAGUUCGAAUCUGCCUCUACAAACGGACUCGUGCGUGAACUCAACCAGCGGCAACGGUGGUGCGCUGUCUAGCAUGCAGAGUCCCACCGGUAAUCUACACUCCAGCACAGGAGGAGGGCUGCAUUCGAGCACCGGUGGAAACAACGGCAGCUUACCGCCGCAUCCGGGAAGUUUGCACUCGUCUAGCAACGCCGGUGGCGGCAUACAUUCCAGCACGAGUGUGCUCUCAUCUAGCGCGAUGCUAACGUCUACCAGCCCACAUUCGGCAUCCACAACGGCAAACGGUUGUCUGCCGAAGCGGAAGACCAAAUCGCCGUCGCCAUCGUCAAGUCAGAACGGCGUGUCCACCCCAACAACGAUUCUUUACUCCGGCAGCUCCGGGACCGCUGGCUGUCAGAUCGAGUCCGCCAGUCCGGUUUACCCAAACUCCGCUGGCAGUAGCAGUAGCAGUACCAGCAGUAAUCAGAGCAUCUCGCCGAUCUCGCCGAUUCAAUCGCCCUCAUCCUACAGCCCGUACGGUAGUCUGUACGGUCAUCAGAAUAGUUCGCUGCAUCACAAUAUGGGCUCGUCGUUGUCUAUCAACUGCUCCGCCUAUUCGCCCACGCCGAGCGGCAAUGUCGUUUACGAGAGGACGACGGAUGGCAGACGGCUAGAGGCCACCAGCAGUGGCGGCCAUCAAUUGCCCACCUCAUCAACCAUGCAAAUUGAUGGCAACCAGGCGUUGAUCACCGGCACGCACAAUCUUCAUCUCGGUCAUCAUCCGGGUCUUACCAUUCAUCCAAAUUCCUCGUCAUCUCUCAACAGAUACUCACCGGCGAGCUCCUUAUCACCGGACGAUCAUGGUUGUUCCCAGAGCGGCUCCCUUAGCCCCAAUUCCCAGGGCUCGAGGGGUUACAGGUCGUUGCCUUAUCCGCUUAAGAAAAAAGACGGCAAGAUGCAUUACGAAUGUAACGUCUGUUGCAAAACCUUUGGUCAGCUAUCAAAUCUCAAGGUACACCUGAGGACGCAUUCUGGCGAAAGGCCCUUCAAAUGCAACGUUUGUACCAAAAGCUUCACACAACUCGCGCAUCUCCAAAAGCAUCAUCUCGUGCAUACCGGUGAAAAGCCGCACCAAUGCGAGAUAUGCAAAAAGAGGUUCAGCUCGACUUCGAAUCUAAAGACCCACCUUAGACUGCACUCUGGUCAAAAGCCGUACGCCUGCGACCUUUGCCCCGCCAAGUUCACCCAAUUUGUUCAUUUGAAACUGCACAAGAGGUUACACACAAACGAACGACCGUACACCUGUCAAGGUUGCGAUAAAAAAUACAUUAGCGCGAGCGGCCUCAGGACCCACUGGAAGACAACGAGCUGCAGACCAAAUAAUAUCGAAGACGAGCUUGCGCUCGCCGCGGCCGUGGGUUCGCCAACGUAUUACGAGUACGGCCCUGAUAUGAAUGUUGGAAAUAUGCCCAAGGAAUGCGAGUUGGAGCACAUUGAUAAUUACGACAGGCAUGGAUCGACACAUGGCCCGCACUCCACGUCCCUCCACAACCUGGAAAAUUCCGUGGGUCGGCCGAGUGUCAUAGAAACGUCCCAACCACACAUUAUCGAGUGUACAUAAGUACAUUACAAUGUUACAUAAAUACAUAAGUCACAUGAUGGGGUAUGAGCCCCCUUCUGCUCGAACGCAAAAUGCAAUCGUGGAAACGUAAGAGAAUUGCUCGCGACAGAAAAAAGAAUGGACAUGGGAGCUUUCCUAUUCUGAAAUGGCAGUAAAGA